GCCAUAUUUAUCAUGGCCGUCGUUGGGAGUUUUGUUGUGCUUCUCUGAGCAAGGAAACUCAAAACACUUUUCGAACGAUAGCACGAAAAUUGUUCUUGCAAAACAGAGUUUGCCAAGCAUUAAGAGAGGAAUCACAUUGCAAGAAACCAUAACUGCUAGAAUGGUAUAGACAUUCAUUAAAGAGACAUCACUGUUGUAUUUGAUCUGCUACCAGAGACAACAAACAACAUGCAUGUGGGAAAUUAUCGUAUCAUUCUCUACCUCCAGCUCUUUCUACUCUUUGUGGAUUUAUUUGUCAACUCAUUUUCUGAACUAAUGAGAAUAAGUCAUGUGACAUUAUUGGUGCUUUUUGUAAUUCAAGACAUUUGCAUUAUAUUUGCUGCUAUCGUACUCUUUCUUAUGUUCUUCAAUACAUACGUUUUCCAAGCUGGUCUUGUGGGUUUACUUAUUGGCAAGUUUAAGCUGGCUAUUCUCAUGGUCUUUAUUUAUUUUAUGCUUUGUAUAGGAUUACAUAUAUGGACUAUGCACCAUACUGGUCUUGACAGUCUUCUCUCUAGCUUACAAACUGCAUGGCAGUAUCAUCCCAGUGCUUUGUUUUACAUGUGGCACCAUACUGGUCUUGACAGUCUUCUCUCUAGCUUACAAACUGCAUGGCAGUAUCAUCCCAGUGCUGUAUUUUAUUAUUACUAUUACAAGAGGACAGCUUAUCGUCUGGGUGACCCUCGUUUCUAUCGAGACUCAGUCUGGCUACGAAAGCAGUUUGAACGAAGGCGGUAGUCAUUAUUAUCAUUUUCAUGUUUUUAUCUUUCUCGUCCAGUGUUCUUUUAUAAACCGUCCUGACUGCUGGGUUUGGUUAUGUGUGUUUUUACAUGUAAAUAAUAGUCCUCAACAUUUCACAUAACUUGUGCUAAGAAUUACUUUGCACAAUAUUUGUUGCCAUUCAGUUUUGUAUUUACUGCUUAACUGAAUAUAUAUAUCAAUCUAAACUUAUUUGAAAUCCACCAACAAAUGUAUGCUCUAUUUUUCCAUGAUAGGCAGUGAAUUAUUUUAUACUAUACAGUCCAUUAUUUAAACCACAGUUUUUAUUGUGUCUAAUUUAGAACAAUUCCAAGUUCAAAGAAUUUCCAAAUUGAUUUGUAGGUUCUGGGCUUAAUUCAGGUCACUAAAAUACAUGGCGUCCAUAUUUUGUUGAAGUCUACAUUUGAGGGUAUGUAAUUGUUUUACUUUGAAGUUGCAUUCACACUUUGUUUUUAUAUACAGAACACCUCCCACUAAUUACUGUUAUCACUAUAAACAAUGAUAAAAUCAGUUGGUAUGACAACAAAUCGCAAAACCUUGUACCCAGUGAAGCCAGCUUGCACAUGGUAGAAACAAGGUCAUAGUGUUUUAUCACAAUAAAACUUAUCUUUAAAUAUUGUUAUCACUUGAGGCCACUUUAUUUUGGAAAGAUUUCAGAAUUUUGUUGGAUAUUAUUUUUUAUAAACUAUUUUAUACACAACUCAACCCUUUAUGGAUGUGUUCAGUGAGUGGUUUUCUGCAGAUUAUACAAAGUGAGAAUGCUGGCUUAGAAGUAACUUUAGAUGAACAGGGAUUGUCAACUCACUUAACCCAGUAUAACAGGGUAAAUUAUAUUCUUAAUUUUAAUUCAAUUUAUUGUUUUUUAUUAUUCAGUUGAAUCAUAUAUUAUUAACUUUGUACAUGUACAGUAUGGUGAUAUUUUCAAUCAGAUUUUUUUUAUAUUUUUGUAAAAAGUGAUGAUCUCACAUUUAUUAAAUAAAUGUUAUAAUUUGUCUUGGAGUAAUUUUAGUGUACAAUGCAGAAAUUACAAUUAUCUUAAGUACACUUCAUUCCAUUUGUAGAUUAGACUAAGUACCAGAAAUAUCCUACUGUUGGUUGCUGACCUUCAGUGCAAAAUACUGCUUCUCCUCUCCAGUAUUGGGAUAACAUGUCACAUGUAAUCAUGACAGUUUGUAUUAUUAGUUGUCUUUGCAAUUGUAUUGUUCCACCUCUUUUUGCAGAUCACAUAAUGGCUGUUGCAUCAGAUUCAUAAUUAUAAUCCUGAACACUCAUAAAAUAAAUUGGAAGAUAACAACAUGUUUGGUAUGGUUGCCGGAGUAAACUCCAAAAUACAUAUAUUUUAGUGCUAACCCUGUACCCCAUGGCAAUACCAGAAUGGGCAACAUUAACAUUUGAUCGUUGUUUGCCCACUCAAACUCCAUCACGAAUCCUGCUAAUUAUGACACUAUACAAAUGUAGUGAAAAAAAACAAGGUGAAUGUGCUGUAAAUUGAACCAGAAGCUAACUUUAUCUGUAGAAAUUAUGCUUCUAAUUUGGCAUAGGUUUAUUUCUUGUGUAUGAGGAGUGGAUGUUACUGCUAGUAUAAACAUGCAUAUUGCGUGUGUUCUGUUGAGCGUGUCCAUCCUAUUUUGUCAUAGCAAGAUACAUGCAUGUGAUUGAGUGGGAAGCCAAAUGUAAAUAAUGCCCACUCUGACAACUUCAUGGGUUUAGGGCUAUUUUCAUGGAUGUGCUUAUAAAAAUGCCUGCACAUAGUGUAUUAUAAAUUGUUUACAUGUAACAUUAUGUAAUCACAACUCAGUACUCUAGACCCCCAUCCAUUAGUACUCCAGACCCCCCACCCCCAAAUAAUUGUAUCCUGAAUAAAUUAGUUCCAUAAUAGUUUCAGUUUGAUAUAUCAAGUAUUCAAAUAUUUAUUUUUUUUACCUAAAGCAAACAUACAGUAAUAAUCAUAAUAAUAUUGUUUCUCCUGCAAACCUAAGCUUCUACGUCCUGUGCAUGAAAAUUACCACAUGUUAUAUUUAUCUGCCAGCUUGGGUGUUUCAGUAAUGUAUUUCUAUGCUAGUCUACUUACUUGGAUCUAAAGUAUCAGAGCAGUACCAGCUUUAUUAAUGAAUUCCCACUGGCCCUUCUUGCCAAAGCUUAAUUUUGGGGAUAGUUUGUCACACUUGAUUGAUAAUAUAAUAUGUGUCAACAAUUCUCAGGAGUUCUAAUGACUCAUUUGAUGUGUGGAAUACUUGGUCUGAAUUUAUGUUGAAAGACUUGGGAGCUAUCAUGUAAAUUUGGGUCUAUUCAAUCAGAGCAUAUGUUUAAAAAUGAUUUGUCAUUUAAAACGUACUUGCCAGAAUAAAGUACACCAAAUUUGUAUAAAUAAUUUAGUCAUAUCAUAUUUGUAUUAACAAAAUGAGUUUUGUUUGUCUUGUUGACGACUUGAUCUGUUACCAAUGAGAAUGGUGACACAUAACUAGGUACAUUGUACUAUAUUUCCUUCCUCAAACUAAUACUUGUUUUUUAAAAUGAUCCUCUUGGUCAUUUACAUAAUCACCAUAACUAAUAGAGACAAUGUGUUCUUUUAUGGAUUUCACAUGACGAGAUAUUGUGUCAAAAUGCUGAGUCAAAACCUGGCAUGUAAUCCCCUGAUCUAUUUUUUUUUUAAAGAAAUGCUGCAAGGGAAUUUGUAUUUGCUCUACUGUAAAAUACUUUAUUUCAGCUGGAAUUAAUUUUCACUGAAAAGGCAUUUUUGCUGUUUUGUAUGUUUAUUUUCACUGAUGUUUGAUGAGUUGAAUGUAAAACAUUGGGAAAAUGUACUUGAUUUUUAUUGUCACUGACUUGUCCCUUCAGCAAAAAUAAAUUCCGAAUGACAAUAAAUUUAAUUACAGUGUAUUAAAACUUGCCCUGAAAUGUAAUAAUCCCUGAAGUGCCAAUUUCAAAGUUCCAAAGAUUUAGAAUUGCAAAUUUUACUGCAUGUACAUUUGUGCUUUGAUAAAAUAACUGUGCCUGUAUAUUGUAUACAUAUAUGACAAAAUACUCACCACAUAUUCCCAUAUUAUAAUA